AGGAAGCAGACUUUGUUCCUAACUCUCCCUGUUUGACACCAACUUGCGUUAGGGACAACGUUAAACCUUCAAGGUGUAUUUUUUUCUCCUUCUACCCCACGUCAACAGUUAAGGCUGUGAGAAGAGGCGUUCUUGCGACCACCAGGUGACAAUAGCCAUGAAGUGGGGCUGGGUGUUUUUGGGGGUCUUCCUAUCUUUAGGAACCCUGUCCUGGGGGGAGAAGGGCUUGGAGAUCCCAGAGUACGACGGCAGAGACCGUGUCCAUAGCCUCAGCGCCAAGAACUACAAGUCCAUCAUGAAGAAGUACGACGUGAUGGUGAUCUACUACCACAAAAAUGUGGAUGGGAACCGCAGUGCCAUGAAGCAGUUUCAGAUAGAGGAGCUGGCUUUGGAGUUGAUCACAAGUCAAGCAGCCAUUAUCUUUCAGCUUGCAGCCCAAGUCCUGGACGAUCUUGACGACGAGGACAUUGGAUUCGGCCUGGUGGAUGAAAAGAAGGACCCCGCUGUUGCCAAGAAGCUGGGUCUGGAUGAGGUGGAGAGCAUCUACAUCUUUGCCGACAAUGAGAUCAUCGAGUACGAUGGAGAGCUGGCCGCCGACACCCUGGUUGAGUUCCUCUAUGAUGUGAUUGAAGACCCUGUGGAGAUCAUUGACAACGAGCGCGAGCUGAAGGGUUUCCACAACAUCGAUGAGGUCAUCAAGCUGGUCGGCUAUUUCAAGAGCGAGAAAUCUCCUCACUUCAUUGAGUAUGACGAUGCUGCCGAGGAGUUCCACCCCUUCGUCAAAUUCUUUGUCACGUUUGACCCCAAGAUUGCCAAGAAGCUGAAGCUGAAGCUGAACGAAGUUGAUUUCUAUGAGCCAUUCAUGGAGGAGCCCGUCACCAUUCCGGGAAAGCCCUACAUUGAGUCUGAGCUUGUUGAAUACAUUGAACAGCAUGACAGGCCCACUCUGAGGAAGCUUGAGCCACACAGCAUGUAUGAGAUCUGGGAGGAUGACAUUGACGGAGAGCACAUUGUUGCCUUUGCUGAGGAAGAUGACCCAGAUGGUUUUGAAUUCCUGGAGAUCCUGAAGGAGGUGGCACGUGAGAACACUGAUAACCCCAACCUCAGCAUCAUCUGGAUCGACCCUGACAAUUUCCCCCUGCUGGUGCCAUACUGGGAGAAGACCUUCCACAUCGACCUCUCUUCUCCUCAGAUCGGUGUGGUUGAUGUUGAGGACGCCGACAGCGUGUGGAUGGAGAUGGAUGACCAGGACGACAUGCCCACAGCUGACGAGCUCGAGCAGUGGAUCGAGGACGUUCUGUCUGGGAAGAUCGACCCGGAUGAUGAUGACGAGGAGGAGGACGAUGAUGAUGACGAUGAUGAUGAUGAUGAUGAUGAUGACGAUGAUGAUGAUGACGACGAUGAUGACGACGAUGACGACGACGAUGAUGACGAUGAUGAUGACGAUGAUGAUGAUGAUGAUGAUGAUGACGAUGAUGACGACGAUGACGACGAUGAAUAAAUGCUCAUUACCAUCUUUCACUUCACUAUGAUUUAGCCAGUUAUGGCAAAACCCAAAAGUAGCACCAUUUUUUCUAACACCUUGCAGCAAACACGCUUUGUGUCUGUUUGCUUCCUGUAUGGUUUCCUGUAAGGGACAAAUCUAACGACCCUAUGGGAAACUUUUACUGUCAGUCAGGGAAGGAGAUUUUCAAAGAGGCAGAGGACUUGCAUCUCUGUUGAUGACCAGGGUUGCAGCUUACAAUGUUAGUGCGUUACAUAACCUUUGUUACUGUAUUAAAACGCCAAUCUCUCACCUCGCAGGCUCACAAUGAAAGUGAGCAAAGAGGCUAACAGAGGCUAACUUCCCACCAUUUUCUACCUUAUGUCACAGACCGGUUUCAAUGACAUGUUUUCUACUUGAUGAAGAGAAGAAACAAACACUUUCUUGUACUAUUUUUAAAGAGAAUAAACCUGAACUCGCUGGACAGUCUUAAGAUUAUUACAAUCUUGGAAAACUAUGAAGUUACCGGAUAAUAAAAAAUGUAUAAAACAACUUGUUUCUGCUCUCAUAUUAAAA